GGAACAGGAGUGCAUUAGUCUGAGAAUGAAAGUUUUUUUGGUACCAAAUUAAGGAAAGGUCUGUCAAAAAAUGAUGAAGUUUACCUAAAUAUUAGGUAAUGGGUUUCAAGUUCAAUAAAAAAGGAAACGUGGCUCUUCAUGUACGCGAGUUUUGACAUGUGGUUGUUGGGGGGACUGGCCCCUAGCGUUUCACGGGUUACAUUUAUCUUGCAGUGUAUGGAGAUAAUAAAUCCUUUGCUGGAAAAGGAAAAACAACGUGUUUGCAGAUACACUAAGUUGUUUUCUGCAACUUGCGUAUUGCACUUCUUGAUCUUUAGCCCUCUCUGUUUAGAGUUGACCAUUCUUGCAGAGUAGUUACAGAAAUUUUCCAUGGAAACCCCAAACUUCCUGUUGGCUAACGGCAGCAGUUCUCUUUCUCUGACUCCCAAGUAUAUUCUUCCUCAAGACAACAGACCAAACCUGUCUGAGAUAUCCACUUUGGCCUCAAUUCCAAUCAUCGACUUGAUGGAGUCAUCUGCAUUAGUUGUUGAUCAAAUAUCCAAAGCAUGUGAGGAAUUUGGCUUCUUGCAGAUCAUCAAUCAUGGAGUUCCCCUAGAAAUAUGUGACAGAAUGAUGGCUGUUACCGCUGACUUUUUUGAAUUGCCACCAGAAGAAAAGGCACCAUUCUUUACAACGGAUCACACCAAGCAAGUAAAACUUUUCAAUUACUAUAUUAAAGAUGGAAGCCAAAACAAGGUUUGCAUGUGGAGUGAAUGCUUCUCUCACCCUUGGCAUCCCUUGGAUGAUAUCCUCCAUCUUUUGCCACAAAAUCCUCCUCAAUACCGAGAUGUUGUUGUUGAAUAUGCAAAAGAGAUUGGUGUUCUAAUGAAAAGGCUAUUGAGCUUGAUAUCUCAAGGACUUGGACUGGAAAAGGAUUGUCUUGAAAAGAACCUUUGUGAGAAGCCUAUUCUUCGAGCCCAGGGAAACUACUAUCCACCAUGUCCAGACCCUGAACUUACAUUGGGACUAAAUGUUCAUACUGAUCUUAAUGCACUCACAAUUGUUAGGCAAUCAGAAGGAGUAACUGGACUACAAGUGAUCAAAGAUGGGGAAUGGGUAGCAGUUGAACCUAUCCCCAAUGCAUUUGUCAUCAAUCUGGGCGAUCAGAUUCAGGUUCUGAGUAAUGGAAGGUACAAGAGUGCGCACCACAGGGCCGUGACCAAUAAAACACAAAAACGAGUAUCAGUUGCAAUGUUUUAUGCUCCAAGCAGAGAUGCUAUUAUUGGUCCCAUUCAGGAUUUGAUUGAUGAACAACAUCCUCCGUUGUAUCGGGAAUAUCGUUACUCUGAGUUCCUUGAAGAAUUCUACAUGCAAGAAGGAACAAGGCGGAUGGUGAAGGAAAUUUUUGAGUUGAAAAAUUAUAGUAAAGAAUAACACUACCCGAUUGUUAUAUUGAAUUAUGAAUAUGUCUUCAGAAACUAGCAUUGCUCCCAUCCAAAUCUUCUUCAGACGGAAAUAAUGGGCCACUAGACUAGAGUUAAUGGUAUAAAUCAUGUGCUUUAACACUGACUUGUAUGAUUGUGGACUUUCAAUAAUCACGCUUCAUUG